AUGAAAGCUUUAGUAUAUUACGAUAAAGGAGAUCUUCGUUAUGAAGAAGACUAUCCAGAACCACAAAUAAUUCAACCACACGAUGUUAAAGUUAAAAUUCAUUAUUGUGGGAUAUGUGGAACAGAUUUAAAAGAAUAUACUGAUGGACCAAUAUUUUUCCCUAAAAAAGGUGAAGUUCAUGAAAUUUCUCAAAUUUUUGGUGGGGUUAUAGGUCAUGAAAUAUCUGGAGAAAUUGUUGAUAUUGGAAAAGAAGUUAAAGAUGUUAAAAUUGGUGAUACUGUUGUUGUUGAAGUUACUGGUACUUGUAAAGAUAGAAUUAGAUUUCCUAACUCACCUAAAAAACCACAUUGUCCAAGUUGUAAAGAUGGUCAAUAUAAUGCUUGUGAUUAUUUAGGAUUAACUGGUUGUGGGUUCACAGAUGGAGGUUGUGCUGAAUAUAUGGUUACUUCAUCAUCAAAAGUAAUUCCAUUUAAAGGUAUACCAAUGGAUGUUGCAGCAUUAAUUCAACCAAUUGCUGUUAGUUGGCAUGCUGUAAAAGUAUCCAAUUUUCAACCUGGUGAAAGUGCAUUAAUUCUUGGUGGUGGUCCAAUUGGGUUGACUACUAUAUUUGCCCUUAAAGGUAAUAAAGUAGGUCAUAUAGUUGUUAGUGAACCAGCAUUAGCAAGAAGAAAAUUGGCUGAAAAAUUAGGGGUUACAACUUAUGAUCCAACUGGUAAAUCUGUUGAUGAAUGUGUUGAAGAUCUUAAAAAAUUAUCUCCUGAUGGAUUAGGUUUUAAAUAUUCUUAUGAUUGUUCAGGAGUUCCUGCGACUUUUGAAAUUGGGUUAAAAGCUUUAAAAAUUAGAGGUUGUUCUACAAAUGUUGCAAUUUGGGCUCAUAAAGCAAUUGAUUAUUUCCCAAUGGAUGUUACUUUUAAUGAAAAAAUAUUGACUGGUUCAAUUUGUUUUGUUAAAGAAGAUUUCGUUGAAUCAGUUAGAGCUAUUGAAGAUGGUUUAAUUCCAAUUGAUGAAUUAAAAUUAUUGAUUUCUUCAAAAAUUCAUUUAGAAAAUGCUAUUGAAGAUGGAUUUGUUGAAUUGGUAAAUCAUAAAGAUAAACAUAUUAAAAUAUUAUUCAGUCCGAAAGAAGAAUAUAGGAUUAAAAAUGACAAAGAUUCUCAUAUUUAA